AUGACUGCUUCAGUGUUUACUCCUUGUAAAAAAGAAUUUUACCAAAUACUUGAUGGAUAUAAUACAUUAAGAUCACCUUCCCUUUCUUCAGAAACUGUUAAUACUACAUUUCCUAGUGGUGAUACAAAAAAUAGUUCUCCUAAAAGAAAAAGAUGGGACAAAACAUCUAGAGAAAAAGCUGUUAAAAUUGGUAAGGAAAUGGGAUUAUCUAAAGCAACACGUUUCCUUCAAAAAACAUCAGAAUAUAAAGAUUUAUGUGCCUCAACUCUUUAUUACUGGAUCAAAUCUUCAGAACAUAAAACAAGUAAUUUACCAUCAAGGCUUUAA